AUGGGUUUCUCGCUUUCUCUCUUCAUUUUCAUGGCCUUGUUUUUCUUACUUUCACGGUUACAUCUUAUAGUUGGUCAAUCUUCUCCUUUUAUGCAACCCCUGUGCCAUCAUGAUCAGAGCUCUGCCUUGUUGCAAUUCAAGCAAAGCUUUAUCAUCCAUAAAUCUGCAUCAAUGAAGUCGUGGUUUGAUUUUCCACCUGAUUAUCCUCAUUGUCAAAAGGUUGGGUCUUGGACAGUAGAAGGAGACAAAAGUGACUGCUGCUCAUGGGAUGGGGUGGAGUGCGACAAGGAUACGGGUCAUGUAAUUGGGCUUGAACUCAGUAGUAGCUGUCUAUAUGGUUCUAUUAACUACACCAGCAGCCUUUUCCGUCUUGUUCAUCUCCAAAGGCUUAACCUUGCCUUCAAUGACUUUAACUACUCUCAUAUCCCACACCAGGUACGUGAUCUUCCAAGACUAACACAUCUCAAUCUCUCUUGGUCUAACUUUCAUGGUCAAAUUCCGUUAGAAAUUUCACAAUUGUCGCACUUGUCAUCCCUCGAUUUAUCUCAAGACUAUCCUGGUAUCCCCCCUCUUGGACAUCCCCAUUUGGAACUCAAAAAGCCCAGCCUAAGAAGCCUAGUUGGAAAUUUGACUCGCCUACAAAAGCUUGAUUUGAGUGGGGUGGACAUUAGCUCUACGGUACCUAAUAUUUUGGCAAACUUGUCUUUGUUAACAUUCCUCUCUCUUGGUGGAUGUGGUUUGCACGGGGAAUUUCCAAUAGGCAUCUUUAAGCUAUCAAAUUUGCGAGUUCUUUCUGUAAUUGGCAAUGAAGGCCUCACCGGUUAUUUGCCUGACUUUACAUGGAGUGGUCCGCUUGAAGCAUUGAAUCUCGCAGCCACGAGUUUCUCAAGGGAACUACCCGCUUCCAUGGGAAACCUUGGAUUUCUGAAUGACUUGUCUCUGUGGGGUUGCAAUUUUUCGGGGUCUAUUCCAUCUUCACUUGGUAACCUUACUAAACUCACUGAACUUGCCCUUGGACGUAACUCUUUUGUGGGUAACGUCCCGUCUUCCCUUGGAAACCUUACUAAACUCACUUAUCUUGACCUUUCUGUGAACUCUUUUGUGGGUAACAUCCCGCCUUCACUUGGAAAUCUUGCUCAACUCUCUCUUUUAGGCAUUUCAUUCAAUCAAUUGACAGGUCCAAUUCCUACUAAGCUUGUAAACUUGCCACAAUUGAUUGACAUUUAUCUAGAGGAGAACCUUUUGAGUGGUGAAUUGCAUUUUGGGCUUAUGAAUGAAACACAAUUGGAAGCCAUUAAUUUGAGCAACAAUCAGUUAACUGGCCCAGUUACUUUUGGGCCUAUGAACCUCACACAAUUACUUUUCUUGGACCUUUCCACCAACAAACUUCAUGGUCAAAUUUCAAACUCAGUCUUCAACUUCAAGAAUCUUCAAGUUCUUUAUCUUUCUGAAAACUACCUUAACGGCAUUGUGGAGUUUGCCGAGUUUGUUAAGCUCAAACAUUUAAUUGCAUUGGAUAUUUCUGGUAAUCAAUUAUCUUUACUUACUAAAGAAACCAGUGCCAAUGCAACUCUUCAAAAGUUUCAAGUUUUAGGAUUUUCUUCGUGCAACUUGAGCAAAUUUCCAAAUUUUCUUAGAGACCAAGAUGAAUUGGUGUUUUUAAACCUCUCCAACAACAAGAUUCAUGGCCAAGUCCCAGAAUGGAUGUGGAACAAAAGCACCGCGAGUCUACAAGUUCUUGAUCUUGAGUCAAACUCGCUCCAAGGAUCACUUCCUAUUCCACCAGUCGCCACUUUGCAUUUCGAUAUUUCAAAUAAUUCAUUGACUGGAAAUGUUCCGAAAUUGUUUUGCACUUUGAUUUUUCUUCAAGUCCUUGAUUUGGCAAAUAACAACUUAAGUGGUUCACUUCCGCACUGCUUAGACAACUUUGGUGCUUCUCUAUCAGUACUUGAUCUGCGAAGAAACAAAUUUCAAGGAAGCAUUCCACAAACUUGGAUAGGAGGAGGCCAAUUGAGGGUAAUAAAUUUCAGUCAAAACAAAUUCCAAGGGCAUUUACCGAGAUUGUUGGCCAAGUGUACAUGGCUGAGGGUCCUUGAUCUUAGUGAUAACCAAUUCAUUGAUAUUUUUCCAUUUUGGUUGGGACAUCUUCCAAAUUUAGAGGUCCUCAUUUUACGGUCAAACAAAUUCAAUGGUUCAAUGGGGACACCUCAAACCUAUUUUAAGUUCCCCAACUUGCGAAUCCUUGACAUCUCCCACAAUGAUUUUAUGGGAAAGCUACCGUUGAGACUUCUUGAAAAUUGGAAGGCCAAAAAUUUUGAGAAUGUGCAGCUGUCAACAUAUAUUCAAGAAUACUCAGACUUCCAAAUGCAAAAAGGUUUUGGGUAUAACAUUUUGCCCCAGGCUUAUACUUACUCAAUGAUGAUGACAAACAAAGGCAAUAGUAUGUUCUACGAGAAGGUCCAAGAAUUAUUCACGGCCAUUGAUUUCUCAAGCAAUAAUUUUGUCGGAGAGAUACCUGAAUCUAUUGAAAAUUUAAAGGGAGCUCAAUUGCUCAAUCUUUCUAAUAAUGCUCUUAUUGGUCACAUCCCAUCGUCUUUAGGAAAUCUUAUAGAGCUGGAAGCAUUGGAUCUUUCUUAUAAUAAAUUAUCAGGGGAGAUUCCAUAA